AAGAUAUUUAAAUAUGCGUUUAAUUUGAUCAGAGUAAAUUUAGAUGAACCGUUUUACUAAAAUGAACGCAUGUAGUUUCAACUUUCAAGCAAGUGAAGAAAGAGUCGGUAACUCUUCCGCAACCACUUUGAGUGAGCAUACCGACAAUACACCUUCGAUGUACCAACAGUACAAUCAUAACCAAGGAUAUGAAUAUCGAAGUUCAGAACUCUAUAAUAACUCUUUUUCCGAGUUUAGUCGUCAAGUUUCCCCAGUAGAAGAAUCUAGUCCACACGGGAUGAUUUUUCAUUCAACGCUGCCCUUUUAUUCAAGUACAAAUCUUUUAAACUCAUGGAAUGGUCACAACGGUAUUGACUAUCGUAUGCAUAAUAUGGCAAUUAGUUUUCAAAAACUGUCAAAACAGAAACGAGGUCGAAUGAGCACACAAAAGAGAAUGCUGGUAAAUGCUAGAGAGAGAGAAAGAAUGAGAGUUUUAAAUAAAGCUUUCGAAUCUUUAAGAGACGCUUUACCUUGCUAUAUUGCUGACGGGCAUAUGGCAAAGAUUACAACACUUAGAUUGGCGAUAAACUAUAUAAACGCAUUAAACCAAGUUUUAACUGAAAAUAAAUCAACUGAAACAAACGUUUUAGAUUCAAUUGAGAAUUCGUUAGAAAAAACGCAAGAAACAAUAAUAAAAAACGUUCUAAAAACGUAAAGAAAUAACAAUAUUUAGCUGU